GGGAAAUGUCACUUUUACUUGAGAUUGCGGACUUAUCACAGUUAAAUAAUCAAUAAAAAUCUAAAAGAAUAUCUGCUUAGUGAACAUUCACCACACAAACGUAGAUCGAACUUAGGAAUUGAAGUCUGGAGUUUGAACGUCUAAACUAAGCCCAAAUCCAACAGUUUGAGCGUUUAAAUUUAAUCAGUUCAUGAUAUUGCUCAAUUAACUUGGGUGACUGAGUCACACUCAAAAUGGUUUAAUUCCGUCGAUCGCAGUUUUUCACUAGAACUCCGUUGUCUACCACUCUAAAUAAGUCACUAGCUGAAGUAUAAUGAACAGAUAAAUAAAUACCACAUAGUCAUAGCGUAUAUAGAGACAACAUGGACUACAAAUCUAUGUUAUUUUUUCUUGCAUAACAACAAAGAAUAACUUGAUAUUUUGGCUACUACAUCUAUUUGAAGUAAUCUCAUAAAAAAAGACAAAUUCGCCAACCAACGUUUAGGGCAGGUAAAAUAGACCAAUAAGGGAAUACAUGUAUUUAUUGGACGACAGUAACAAUAGUGAUUGUAGUAGUAGUAGUAGUAGUAGUAGAAGUAGUAGUAGAAAUUCUCAAGCCCAACUUUUAAUUGUUUUUUUAUAUUAUCAUUAAUAUUAUUACUAACGUUAUUCUUAUUCAUAUUAUUAUUGCUAUUUCUUACUAUUUGAUGUUUAUGCUUUACUUCCACUUCAAGUUAUUUAAAUUAACGAAUUGGAGAAGGGAUUUCUCUUCUGUUUAUGCUUGUCAUACCUAUAAAGGAAAAAACAAACAAACAAAACAUCAUAAAUGAAUGAAUAAAAAUGAAGGAAAAACAGGAAAAGAAAAUAAUUCUAAAAUAGUCCAGAGACAAACAUUAAUGUCUGUCAAACGGAUAAAAUCAAAUUAUCUUUGAUAAAUUUUUUUCAUAAAAGAAAAUUAGCAACGAAAAAGAACUAAAUGUAUAAAUGUACAAGAAAAAACCUGAUAUGUUCACUGUUAUCAAGAAGACCAAUGAUAAAGAAUGGAUCAACUUGGUGUUUAUUUAUUCAUUCAUUUAUUUAUUUACUAUUAAUAUAAUUUUAUUGAAUAGCUAUUAAUUUGUAAACAAUCGAAUAAUACUGUCUCUUUAAAAGUGUAAAUUAUAUUGAUAAUUAAUUGGAUUUCAUAUAAUCUGGAUAAAAAUAUAAAUGAAGGCAUUAUGUUGUUAUAGUGAAGGAAGCAUAAAAGAUGAAUGCAACUGAUUGAUGAGGUACAUUUCAAUUGUAUAUGAUAGAUAGUGAAUUAAUCAAAGUAUGAUUUUAUUUAUGUGUGAAGAAUAUGUGUUAAAAUUGCUUCAAACCUGUUUGUUCUUCACUUUGUAUAUUACAACAAUCAAUCAUCAUUAUAAUUUACAAAAAGAAAUAAUGCUAUACAAAACCAUAGAAAUUAUACCUUAUUGGAUAUUUCAUCUGCCAUUGUUACAUGGAAUUCGUCAUCAGCAGAAUUCCACUUAUAAAUUACGAAAUUACAGUCAAUAUCAAUACCAACAACAACCAAGCGGUUAUCAAGUUAACAAACAAUAUAAAAAUACAGAACAACAAAAGUUUAUGAAAUUUGGACAUUUACCGUCAACAUCAAAAAUGGUAGCACGACAUGUCUUAUUGAACGAUGAUUCAGUUGCUACUACCACAAAUCAACCACAUGCUAAGUAUACUGAAUUUGAAUCGUAUAACAAGGAUCUUUCGAAAGUUUAUCAUCAUUCCAAGAAUUUAUCUAUCUAUUAUUUACCAAAUCAAACAUCCAUGAUGAAAACAAUAAGCGGAUAUGAAGUACAUAGAGAUUGUUAUUUGAAUACAGAUGGUAGACAAGAAGUCCCAUGUAUAUUAAAUCCAUAUCCAUUAUAUGAAAUGAUUAGAAAAUUCCCCAAUGUAGAUAUACAUAAAUUAUACCAUAGUUCUGAAAUAAGUUUAUCUCAACCUUUCAGUCAUAAACAGAAAUUAAUUAAAAUGUUAUUAACUUAUGAAACUGGUGAAAAUGCUUAUCUUCCAUGUCAUACGUUAGGUGCAGAAGACAGUGAGACAAUUAUCUGGGAGAAAGGACAAAAUCCUUUAUUUGUAUCUACAGUUAGUUUCAUGCAAGAUUCUAGAUUUCGUUUAAAUAUUAGUGAUGAAAAUUAUUUCAACAGUGAAACUAAUCAUUUCAAUAUGAAAACAAAAUAUUUCAAAGAAUACAAUGAAAAAUCUAUAUUAAAAGGAAAUAAGUUAUCUUAUCAAAAUUAUUUAGAUAAAUAUAAUUUUAAAAAUAAUUGGAAACGUCGUCGGUGGGAUUUAAUUAUUGACUUUGUAACACCAACCGAUUCAGAUAUUUAUACAUGUAUGCUUAUGGGAAGAACAUCACAAAUGAUUAGUUACCAUGUAAUUGUAAACGAAUCAGCCUCUAGAAUCAAUUACAGUCGAAAAAGAUUAAUCACAAUAUCAUCUCCAACCUUGAUUACUAUUGGAUCUGCAUUUAAUCUCACCUGUUCGGUGUACGUUACGAAAGAUAAAUCAGUCAAUAUAGCAAUAGACUGGUUCCGACCAACUUAUUUAAUUGAAACAUCUUCAAUUCGACCUACGAUAUUAGUUAAUCCACAAGUACUAAACAACAUUUUAUCUAUGCAAUCAGAUUUAAACUCACACAAUUCAAAGUACAGUAAUAUCAGUAAUAUAGUUGGUGAACUUGCUUAUUCAUUUCAACAAAUCACCAGCAGAUCAUCAGUCGGGAUAACUAUUUAUAAACAAGUUACCGGUGAAUUAAAUUAUAACUAUCGUAGUGAAGUACUUCUUACUGUACAGUCAGCCAGAGAAAAUGAUGGUGGUAUUUAUGAAUGUAGAGUUUAUGAAGCAGCAAAUUAUGGGCAAGAAAAAAUCAUAGACAGAGCAUUUUUAGAUAUUAUCAUACGCAAAAGAUAUCCUCAUAAUUCAUUUGAACAAAUCGAAGUAAAUACAAAACUUAGAAAACUUUUAUCAAUAUUUUGGAAAUUAAAUCCUUCUCAGAAAAAUUAUGAUAAUUUACACGAUCAACAUGCACAAAAUGAUGUGGCAUCCAGAGUUCGAGCGAAAUAUGGAACACAGAAUAUAAGUCAAGAGAAAGAUCAUGAACUUAAAUCAGUGGAUAUUAUCAAUAAAUUUUUCUCCAAAGAAAAUGAAGUGAAAUUCAACUUAGUAGAAACACAAAAUCCUCGUAUGAGGGCUCGAACUAUUAAAAAUUCCAACUCAUACUUAUGUGUUUCUCAGAUAUUUUUGUAUUUUUCAAUCAUUUUGCAAAUAAUUUUGGCGGUUAAAUAAAGUGCUUUUAAAAAUUAAUUAUAACUAAUUAUAAAACAAUAAAGUAAAUAAAACAAACUACCAACAAAAAAAUACAAAAACCUCUUUGAAGUUUUUGUCCAUUGAAUCAUGCUUUAAAAAUAAGCAAUUAACAUAAUAAAACACAUAAAUAAAC